AUGGUCUCGCAUUUGAAGAAAGCACAAAUUCGGCUCUCAAAUGCUGAAAGUGCAUUGCACCAGCUGAGGACCGAGCAUGGACAUACUGUAGAAUACCUAAGUGUCCAGUGGGAUCAACAAAGGGCUACUCAGAUGGAUGUAAUCAGCAGGACGGCAAGGGAAAAAAAGGAGCGUAUGAUUGAUCUCCUCAACAUGGAGGAGAAGCUUAUUGAGGCUCGUGAGGACCUCAGGAAGUUGAAACUGAAAAAGAAGCGGGCACGGACAGGUCGGGAGAAGCAGGAACUUCUCAAUAUUCCCCAGUCUUUGGUGCUCAUGGAAACCCAGAUCCACAAUGCGGCGGCUGAGCUGGGAACCCAGGAGUUCUUGGAGCUCACUGGCCUCACAGGUAACACCGCCAUCUGA